UUGAGUGCUAACAAAUUUAUUACUUUCCCAUUUCCUUGAACAUCAGUCCUUGAUUUCUUAGAAGCUGUCUAUUGAAUGCCACUUUUGGAAACAUAACAAGGCGCUAUUGGAUCCCAAAUGGGGUUCUUCUUCAAUGGCGGUAGUUGGAGUUUCCUUCCCCCUUUUCAUUUAGAUGCAUAACAGCUUCCUGUUCUUCUAUUUACCUCUUUUGAAGCUACGAUUUUUGGAUGUGUUUUGUUCAAUGAAGAACUCUGUUUCUUCUGAUUGUGAGAUGAACGAUCCUGUUUUUGAUGAUUUUGAUCCUCGCCUCAACUUUUCCAAGUUCUUGGAAGAAGCAAAACAUCAUGCCACAGAACAAGAAACAGGAGCCAAAUGGUUGCCACCACAGAAAAAAAGCAAGAAAUCUUGGAAAAACACACUCUUCUCCUGGUUAAAAAGUGAUAAAAGGACCAAGCCUCUGCCCAAACCAGGUACAAAUCCUCACAUACCCAAUACAAGGCGUGUUCAUGUUUCUGGUCCAAUUUUCACCAGAGCUACGGCCAUAGACGGCAGAUCUCGAGGCGGCCGUUCGACGUCUGGACCGAUUGCUAGUCUCUUCAGUCCCAGUUUGAGUUCAGAGAUGGAGAUCCCUUAUAUGUGUCUUCACCAGCUUACUAGCCCCAAUACAAACCACAAUUAUGGUCCAAUUUAUCUUGUUACAUAGACAUACAUUUCUCAGUUCAUCUUGUCUGGAGCCAGGGCCAGCCCAUCUUUGAAAUCUUUUGUAUGUGUAAUGGUUUUGAUAAGCUGUUUAA